AUGAUUCGCACAAAAAUAGACAUGUCCGGUGUUUCGAAAGAUCAUACGUCAACAGGUGGUAAAAGUAACAAUAUUUUUAAUACAUCAGAACAAGAACAGGCACAAGCAAAUAAAAAAAAUCAUAUGAGUUCUAAUAUAUUUGGUUUUAACGACGAUAAUGAUGUACAAAAAUCAUCGCGUAGUCGAGAUUAUUCUGGUUCAAAUAUAUUUGGUGGUAAAGAUGAAACUAACCAAGUUGCAGCAAAGUCGUCAACAAUUCCUUCUGACAAAAACAAAUCGAAUAUUUUCGACGGUCCACAACAGCAACCACAAACGACAAAACCGGUUCGUAAUUCUUCAGAUAUCUCAAGUAGUCAAAAUGAAACAAAUGAAAUAAAUCAUACAAAUAAUACUCGUACAGCGGAUUUACAUAGACAAAAUCAAAUGCGAUCAAACAUAUUCGAUACCAAUGAUCAAACACAAAAGUCAACAGCAGCUAGUUCAUUCUCAGACAAAAAUAAAUCGAAUAUAUUUAAUGAUAAUGAAAAUGAUCAAAAGAAAAGGGGAGGACGUCAAGGAGUCAGAGUGGGUUAUAAUUGUAUUACUGGUGAGUCCUACAAUACAAAUAAAGGUCCUGAUUCAAAUAAUGAGAAAAAACAACACAACGACCAAGUACAAACGGCCAAUGAUGUUCAUGAUCAAGAUGGUGUUAAUAAGAAUGAUACUAAACAAAAUUUAACGGAUCAUGAAAAGCUUGAAAAUGGUAACACAACAAAAACAUCGGAACAUGAUUCAGGUGUUAAUGGUUCGUCUCGCACGAAUGGUGAAACGACAGCAAACGGAAAUGAAAAACAACAACAACAACAGGCUAUUCAUACAUCCAGUCGUAUACGUACUAUCAAAACAAUGAUGUCCAAUGGUACGUUAGACAACGAAAUGUAUUCACCCUUUCAGCAGCCUCGUUUCAAUAAUUUUCAUACAACACCACCUAGAGUUGGUUCAACAUAUUAUAAUAAUUCAAGUUAUUCUCAACCAACAAUUUUGACAAGAGACUCUACACUUGGUGGCAAUAGUACAAGUACAAAUAAUAGUGCCUAUUUAACAGACCUUCAUUCACAAUCGGUAAAAUAUCCAUUACAUAACAAUAAUAUAAUUAGUAGUUCAAGACUUGCACAUAUAGGAAACGGAUUGUAUGGGGGAACAAAUUCACUAGGAUUGGUAUCUAGCCAUGCUGAUGUAGCUGCAACAUCUCCGCGUAAUAUGUCACCCGAAAAUCUUGAUUUUUAUCCCUAUUCACAACAUCAAAUACAAAUAACCGAAGACGAUCUUCUGGCAUCGAAUUCAACUCGUGAUGAAAAAGAACGAACAGCUCCACCCGAUAGUUCCUAUAUUCGUCAUGUCAAACCUGAUUUUUCCUAUUUUAUGUCGGAUGAACUAAGAGCAGAAAUAUUGAGGCGAAAUCAAAUGUUAACGGCAUGUACAAGUCUCGAUGUUGCCUCUGCUAUUCCUGAACGUGUUGGUGAUUAUUACAAUUUAACACCAUUGGAUAGUAGCCAAGCAAAUGUUACCCAUAAAUCACGAACCUUUCGAUAUCAAACAAUUAGUUAUAAAGCAACACAUAUACGUACGAAUGCUGUAUGUUAUUUAAAACGAAUAAUGGGUUGUAAAUUACCCACAACACGACAAUAUGAAAUAUGUGAAACAUGGAAAAAAUUAGCUCACGCUAACAUUGUACAAUUACGUGAUGUUUUUUUAACAAAAGAUUUUGAAGACGAGCAAACAUGGACAACUCAAGCCGGUUUAUUAGCUGAAGCACUUAUUUGGGAAUAUGUUGUACAAAUAUCAUCGUUGAUACGUACAAUUCAUUCGGCUAAUCUCAGUUGUCGAUGUUUACAUCUGUCACGUUUACUGGUCGAUGGUGAUUCGAAAGUGUCUCGUGCCAAAUCAAGGAUUUGGUUAAGCGGCGUUGGAAUUGCUGAUAUUUUAGAUGUUGGAACGACUGGACAAACACAUUCUUCCCUUGUUCAACAUCAACAAAAUGAUUUACAAGAUUUCGGUCGUCUUGUGUUGAUGUUGGCAUGCAAUUCGAUUGUUGGUGCACAAAAGGAACAUCUACAAACAUCGUUGGAUAUUGUACAUAGAAAUUAUUCACUUGAUCUAAAAAAUCUUAUUAUUCAUUUUUUAUCGUUAAAUAAUCGACCAAUGAAAAAUAUCAACGAUGUGAUGCCAAUGAUUGGGGCUAGGUUUUAUGCACAAAUCGAUAGUCUGUAUGUUCGAGGUGACAUUGUCGAAAAUGAGUUAUCUAAAGAGAUUGAUUGUGGUCGCUUAUUUCGACUUAUUUGUAAACUUGAUGCACUACUCGAACGUCCAGAACAUGCAUUGAAUCAAGCAUGGAGCGAAACGGGUGAUCGUUAUAUUCUCAAAUUAUUUCGUGAUUAUGUAUUUCACGGUGUUGGUUUCAACGGUGAACCAAUCUUAGAUUUGGCUCAUAUUGUACAGUGUUUAAAUAAGUUUGACAGUGGUUCACACGAGAAAAUUUGUUUAACAUCUCGUGAUGAACAAAAUGUUAUGAUUGUCAGUUAUAGUGAACUACAUCAAGCAUUUGAACGUGCAUUUUCCGAAUUAAUGAAUUAUGGUACAUCAACAUCUUAA